CAUCUACUGGGCAAAAAGUCUUGGAACGUCUACAAUGCAGACAACAUCGCCCGUGUCCGUCGCGAUGAGGCAGCCGCCAAGGCAAAGGAGGAGGCCGAGGAGCAGCGCAUGCAAGAGGUCGAUGCUGAACGCCGAUUAGCUAUUCUACGGGGCGAGGAGCCUCCACCACUGCCGCCAACAGAGGAAACUCCUGAGGAAGAGCCAAAAUCUCGGGACCGGGAUGCCGGAUCUUACGGCAGGGAAAGAAAGAAGCGCAAGCGCGCUGGCGAAGACGACACUGAAUUUGAGUUGCGCGUUGCGAGAGAGCGUUCAGACGUCGUGCAGACGGCCAACGAGACCUUGCGCAAGUCUACCAGCUCUGCGCCGAUCGUCGAUGCAACGGGGCACAUUGACCUCUUUGGCGAAGAACGAAAACAGGGUCGUCACCUGAAGAACGAAGAGGCGGAGAAGGAGGCUGCAAAGAAGAAGAAAGAACUCGAGGACCAGUACACAAUGCGAUUAUCAAAUGCCACUGGCAAGGACGGCAUGGUCGGCCCUUGGUACGCAGCAUCCGGUUCAAGAGCUGAACUAGCAGAGCUCGAGCCAGCGGGCAAGGACGCA